AUGGCGGGAUCCGCGUUGCUCAACGCUCUCGUCCUCCGCGCGCCAUCCCCGUCGCUCUCGUCCUCGUCUAAGCGCCGCAGCGCCGGCGCCUUCGCGUUCCCGAACCCACCGCGCUUCCCACCCCUGCGUUCUGCGCGCCGCGUUGUCCUUGCGCGGGCGGCGGCGCGCCGCCGGGCGCGGGCGGCGCCGGAGGCGAGAGAGGUCGCGGAGCUCAAGGCGCAGCUGAAGGAUGCGCUGUACGGCACGGAGCGGGGCCUGCGGGCGUCCAGCGAGUCGCGGGCCAAGGUGUUGGAGCUCAUCACGCAGCUCGAGACGCGCAACCCCACGCCGGCGCCUACCGAGGCGCUUACGCUCCUCAACGGCAAGUGGAUCCUCGCGUACACAUCAUUUUCCCAACUGUUCCCACUGUUGGGGUUUGGAAAUCUGCCUGAGCUCGUGAAGGUGGAGGAAAUAUCACAGACCAUUGAUUCCGAGAACUUCACAGUGCAAAACUGUAUCAAGUUUUCAGGACCUUUGGCUACGACCUCAGUUGCCACCAAUGCAAAAUUUGAAAUUAGAAGCCCCAAGCGCGUACAGAUCAAAUUUGAUGAAGGCAUUGUUGGUACACCACAGUUGACCGACUCCAUUGUGCUACCAGAGAAGUUUGAAUUGUUUGGACAGAACAUCGACCUGAGUCCACUGAAAGGCAUAUUUACUUCUAUCGAAAAUGCAGCAUCCUCGGUUGCAAAGACCAUAUCUGAUCAGCCUCCACUGAAAAUACCGAUCAGGACAAACAACGCCGAAUCAUGGUUGCUUACGACCUACCUUGACGAAGAGCUCAGGAUCUCCAGAGGUGAUGGCAGCAGCAUCUUUGUGCUGUUCAAGGAGGGAAGUACUCUUCUAAACUGA